AUGGUACUGUUAGUUUUCGUCGAUGACAUAUUGAUUACUGGUCCUUUGUUGGCAGCCUUUCGGGGGGUGAAGGAUUACCUCCACACCCUAUUCACAAUCAAAGACAUUGGUGAUGCUCGCUAUUUCCUUGGGAUGGAAAUUGCUCGAUGCAGUGAUGGUCUCUAUGUCUCGCGGACCAAGUAUACUAUAGAUAUCAUUCGAGAUGCAGGUCUAUGUCAGGCAAAAUCAGCUUCUACACCUCUUCCACAAGGUUUAAGGCUUCACUCUACCUUAGAUGAUCCGCUCCCUAACCGAGACUCAUAUCGUCGUCUUGUGGGUCGCUUGUUAUAUUUGGCGUUCACUCGUCCAAACAUCUCUCAUCCUGUUCAACAACUUAGCCAAUUCCUCACGAAUCAUUGUGACUCCCACUGGCGUGCGGCUCUGCACGUGGUUCGCUAUCUCAAAGUAUCCUGGAAGACUAAAAAGCAACCUACAAUAUCCAGGUCGACUGUUGAGGCCGAGUACCGCAGUCUCGUUGCCGCUGUUUGCGAACUGCGCUGGGUUUCAUACAUCCAAACUGAUCUUGGUGUGUCUACCUCUCUGCCCAUCGAACUACUUUAUGAUAGCAAGGCGUCUCUACACAUCUUGGUUGAUCCCGUUUUCCACAAACGGACCAAACACAUAGAACUGGAUUGCCACUUGGUUCGUGAUGCCUAA